AGCUUCAUCUUAUAGCACCCUACGAUUCAUCCUCGUUCUUUUAGGACCUGGACAGCUAGACCCUUGCAGCCUCGAGGUCGUGAGACUAGAUCUAUUUUUACAAGGAGGCCAUACGAUAUGGGCAAUAGAAUCAUCUGUAUAAGUAGAUAGGUAGGUUACCUUGUGAGAAAAGCUCUUCGCUACUAGUUGCUAUUCAAUAACAAUCAUCUUUCUGAGUUACCUCUCAAUCAACAUUUUCAUCAAGUCUUCUUUUCUGCUCACGCAAUUUCCAUAUCGACCAUUUUCGACUUCUCACUAUCCAACAUGCUUCAUCUUUCCAACCUCAAGAUCAGCCUUCUCGGCUUCGCUGCUAGCCUCCCUCUUGCGGUAAACGCCGCAGACUGUUUCUCCACUGAAUGGAAGUUCUAUACCAGUGUCUAUGACGACUCCUGGAGCACCCGCAGUAGCCUAUGCACCAAUGGUGCCAGUGGCGUGAACUGCAACACCGACAACACCUUCUGCGCCGUGUCCUCUGGAAAUGUGGUGGCGACAUGGGAAGGAUCGGAUAAAAAUGGCAUGUUCGGGACGUGCAUGGAUGCGCUGAACGACGUUAUCAACCAGUGCGUGUAUAACAAUCAACCCGGAGGAGACUAUGAAUCCAAUGGGAACACUUGGACCAUCACGGUGUUGGCAGUAUAAGAUGUUUGUAGUUUAGUAGACUGGGUUUUUAUUGCUUUAAGCUGGUUUCGUGUCGAUGAAUAAACUU